CACUUGUCCGGCCUGCCUGCCUGCCCCACCCUCCCUGCCUGUCUGCACCCUUCGUUUCUCUUCCUACCCCACCCUUCAUUCCACAGUGCUACGGACCGAUCAUGGGUGACUGGAGCUUUCUGGGAAAUAUUUUAGAGGAAGUCAACGAGCACUCCACAGUGAUCGGCAGGGUGUGGCUCACGGUUCUCUUCAUCUUCCGCAUCCUCAUCCUGGGCACGGCGGCGGAGUUCGUGUGGGGCGACGAGCAGUCCGACUACGUUUGCAAUACGCAGCAGCCCGGCUGUGAGAACGUGUGCUACGACGAGGCUUUCCCCAUCUCCCACAUCCGCCUGUGGGUUCUGCAGAUCAUCUUCGUGUCCACGCCGUCUCUUGUGUACGUGGGCCACGCCGUGCACCACGUGCACAUGGAGGAGAAGCGCAAGGAACGCGAGGAAGCGGAACUUAGCCGGCAACAGGAGCUGAGUGAGGAGCGACUCCCACUGGCACCUGACCAGGGCAGCGUACGCACCACGAAGGAGACCAGCACAAAAGGAAGCAAGAAGUUCCGACUGGAGGGCACCUUGCUAAGGACCUACAUCUGUCAUAUCAUUUUCAAGACACUCUUUGAGGUGGGCUUCGUAGUGGGCCAGUACUUCCUGUACGGCUUCCGCAUCCUGCCGCUGUACAAAUGCAGCCGCUGGCCCUGCCCUAACACCGUAGACUGCUUUGUGUCCCGCCCCACAGAGAAAACGGUCUUCAUCAUCUUCAUGUUAGCCGUGGCUUGCGUCUCACUCUUCCUCAACUUUGUGGAGAUCAGCCACCUGGGCCUCAAGAAGAUCCGUUUUGUUUUUCGCAAGCCGGCCCCUGCCCCGGCGCAGGGCGAAAGCUCGGCCACCCUGCCGCCGGGAAAAAGCCUGCCCCCUUUGGCGGUGUCCUCGUUGCAGAGGGCCAAAGGUUACAGGCGGCUGGAUGAGGAGAAAGCUCCCCCAAUUACACAUCUCUACCCACUAGCGGAAGUGGGCAUGGAGGCAGGCAGGGGGGCCCCACCCUUCCACGGUUUAGAAGAGAAAACUGAGGAGGAGCUGCCCAUGGGGGACAUCCCCAAAGCGUACGAUGAGACUCUGCCCUCCUACGCCCAGACCACUGAGACGGAAGGGGUGACAAUGCAGCAGGUGGCCGCGGCCAAGGAGGCGCCCCCGGCGGGGGUGGAAGGUGGAGAGUGGCAGGGCGCCGACCCGGAGGUGGAGAGGGCGGUCACCGGGGAGGGGGGGAGCGCGGUGGCCCAAAAGGCGUCGGAUACGAUAGAGGACAGCAGGCCUCUGAGCCGACUCAGCCAAGUUAGCAGUAAGGCCAGGUCGGACGACCUCACCGUAUGAACAUGUGACGGCGAACACAUGCAUGUACCACUGCGCCCCGAUAACCACACCUGGGAGAGCACACACACACACAUGCACACACUUGUCGGAGGGCAAGUCAGAAAAUCAAACCGCAGACCUUUGCCUCACAUUGCCUGCUGGGAAAAUUGCAUUGUAUUGGAAAUGUUACCAACUGGCAGAGGUAAACAAAAUAUUUUAAAAAUUGGGACAAUAAUGGCAAGCGUUUGCGUCAAAUAUAAAACAAAAAGUGUGUUGUUGCGAUUCAAAAAUUGCAGGGUGGACAUGUUUUUACUUGACAACAAGAAACCAUAUGUUCCAUUUUUAAAUAACAUCUUUUUUUUUAAUCUAAGCUUUUAAUCAAUGACGGACGAGUAGACAUUUUUACAAACUGGAGAGAGUUUUAGUAUACUUGUGUGUCUGCCAAUCGGUAACUUUGCUGUAGUUCAUUUCCAAUUCAACCAGUGCCAUAAUGCCAGUGCAUGCCACACAGACAAGUGCCUACUUUUACAUUUUUAUACAAUGUGCGCAGCUCUUUGUCACCGGCUAAAGUCACAUUUUCGGGGUCGAAAGGAGAGCACCUUUUUGCACAUGCAGAGGUUCACACACUGUGCAAGGCUUUUUUUUUUUUUUUCCCCAAAACACCUCAAUGAUGCAACACAGUUAUCCUUUCAAGUGCAAGCACCUCAUGUUUAUAUAGCAAGUAGUGAGGGGAAAAAAACUUUUGAAGACCACAUACAUGCCUGAAUGUCCUUUUUCAAUGUGAUCCUGUUCCUAUCUGAUCUCGAUUUGUGCACCCCCUUUUUUUUUUUUUUUUUUUGCAUAGGCUGUGAUGCGAUUUUGGAAGAGAGCGGAGCUCAUUUUGCCCCAUUAGAGAAUGAACUAUAGAGCCACCUCAGGCCAAAUCCUCUCUCUUUUUGCGCUGUACAAACAGGCGUGUGGGUGAUAAAGAUCUUGCCCCAUCAGCACAAAGUAUUGUUGGGAGGCGGGACAAUAAAAGAAACGGGUGCUAUCAAUGAAAACAAGCAUCCUUAACCUCAUUUGUGGGGGCAAGACAAAUACUUGAUUGCGUUUGACCAGAGAAAAAAAACACCCAAAUAUUUUUUGCCAAAAGUCUGAGAAAAAAAAUUGUACAUAGCGCCAACGUUAUGUCUCAUAUUGUACAUAUUGUGCUGUUUUAGGUACUUGACUGUCUAGACUGCUAAUAUUUGAUGUAACAAUGUCAGAAAAUAGCAACACUCCAUCACGGAUUAUAUUUUAGAAGCUAAAGUAUGUCAUCCACCCAGCAAGAAUUACGAUAAACCAAUAAUCAAGCCUUAAUGUUUUACUUGUUGAAACCAAUAUUUUCUUAUGUAUUUUUUAGAAGUAUGUGAAUUUAUUUAAUUUUUUGAUACAGCGACAUGAUUGAACCCAAAGAAUCUUGGAACUUUUAUUUUUGCAUGCAAAAUCAAAAUUUAUUGUGAAUUAAACCACAUUUAAGGAUGCUUUCACAUACAGACACUUAACACACUCAUCCCCCCCCACACACACAUCUUGCAGGGUAUGAUAGGCAGCUUUGACCCUUUUGUGAGCUGUCAAAAAAACAACAAAGCAAAUAUUUUUGAAAAAAUCAUCACAAGGUCCUUGUUUACACCUAUAAAGUGCUAUGAAUGCUAUUGUACGACUGUGUAUUUGUAUUUAGACUGUUGCAUUGCUUGUGAUGUUUGUAGGAAGACCUGAUUAAUAUAUAUAUAUUUAAAAAGAUCAUUUUUACUAACUUGUAGUCUUCACUGAUUAUAGUUGUGUAGUGGCAGUGUAUUUUUAAACAAUAAA